UAAGGCCGGUGGCAGGCACUGAGGCCGUCAUUCCGCCGCAAAAAUCCAAACCCAAAAAUAAUAAACUAAAGAGUAAACGUGUGAGAGAAACGUAGCAAAGCGAAGGCUGCGUUGGCGUGAGAUUUCGAGAAACCGAGCACCGAGCACCGAGCACCGAGCACCGAUAGCCCCGAAAGCAGCAGCAAAAUAUUCAAAUUGUCGACCGUUUGGAUUCAUAUUUUUUUGUCGUUCGUUCUCUGUGUGUGUGGGUGUGUUCGAGUCACAACAAAUUAUUUGAUAUUCGCUCAAUGCUCCGAAAAUGAAUUUUGUGAGCAUUAAAACAAAGUUCAAGAUAUCAAAAAUCGAACAUCAAGUGAAAGACAACAACAAUCAGCAGCAUCGAGUAGUUGCAGCCGCAGCCGCAGCAGCAGCCAGCAAAAGUGCAAGAAACUAAAAAAAAACAGCAAGAACUAAGAACUAACAUUUGGAUUAAAAACGCAUUUUGGAUAAAAAAAAAAGAAGAGAUCCAGAGCAGCAGCAGCAGCAGCAGCGGAAAAAAAAAACAAAACAUAAGAAGUGAAAAAUCUUGGACUCCAGAAAAAUGGAAAGCACAACAAAAACCAAAAUGCAAGUGGCAGAUGCCACAGCCACAGCCACUGCCACUGCCACAGGCACUGCCGCAAAGGUGGAGACCAUCAUUGACAUUCCCAGUGGCGCUGCCUCGUCGACGUCGACGUCCUCCUCCUACGACACGGACUGCAGCACGGCCAGCAGCACCUGCUGCACGCGACAGGGCGAGCACAUCUACAUGCAGCGCGAGGCCCUCGCCAUGUCCCUGCCCAUGUCCUGCCCCGCCGCGGCCACGCCCCUGGAGGCGUCCGCGGACGAGAUGGGGCUGCUGAAGUACGAGCACCGCAAGCACUGGCCCUGGUUCAUCCUCAUAAUCUCCAUCAUUGAGAUUGCCAUCUUCGCCUACGAUCGCUACACGAUGCCCGCCCAGAACUUCGGGCUGCCCGUGCCGAUACCGAGCGACUCGGUGCUGGUGUACCGGCCCGACCGGCGGCUCCAGGUGUGGCGCUUCUUCAGCUACAUGUUCCUGCACGCCAACUGGUUCCACCUGGGCUUCAACAUCAUCAUCCAGCUGUUCUUCGGCAUUCCCCUGGAGGUGAUGCACGGCACCGGGCGCAUCGGCGUCAUCUACCUGGCCGGCGUCUUCGCGGGCUCCCUCGGGACGAGCGUCGUCGACUCGGAGGUGUUCCUGGUGGGCGCCAGCGGCGGCGUCUACGCCCUCCUGGCCGCCCACUUGGCCAACAUCACCCUCAACUACGCGCACAUGAAGUCCGCGUCCACGCAGCUCGGCUCGGUGGUUAUUUUCGUGUCCUGCGACCUGGGCUACGCUCUCUACACGCAGUACUUCGACGGCGGCAGCGGCAGCGGGGAGGCCGCCUCCUCGGCCUUCGCCAAGGGGCCGCAGGUGUCGUACAUCGCCCACCUGACGGGCGCCCUGGCGGGCCUCACCAUCGGCUUCCUGGUGCUCAAGAACUUCGGGCACCGCGAGUACGAGCAGCUCAUCUGGUGGCUGGCCCUCGGCGUCUACUGCGCCUUCACCGUCUUCGCGAUCGUCUUCAACCUGAUCAACACCGUCACCGCCCAGCUGAUGGAGGAGCAGGGGGAGGUCAUCACACAGCAUCUGCUGCACGACUUGGGUGUGUCCUAAGCGCUCCUCACCGGCUCAUUGGACUCCAGUUGGGGCCCAUCGGCGGGUCCUUAGCAGAGAGAUCUAUAGACGAAACGAAAGAAAAGUAGGAGGUGGAGGAGAAGGAGAAGGAGAAGGAGAAGAGAGAGCAAAGAGAGAGCAAACGAUUUUUUAGUUCAAAACUAAAUCCGAAAUUCGUUUGAAUUUUGCAAUUUUGCCGCGUUUCGUAUUUGUUUUAUUUCGUUUCGAUUUGCUAUCGAUUCGCAGUUAUCGUUAAUCGUUAUCGUUAUCGUUUUCUAGUUACCGUUUUGCGCGUUUCAUUUUCAUACAAAAAGCAACAGAAAAACAGACAAAAAAUGAACAACAAAAGAGAAAUAAAAAUCAAAAAUCAAAAAUAAAAAUACAAGAAGUAAAAAGCCGAAAACCGAAAAACCGAAAGCCGAAAAACGUGUAAACAAAAUGUUGUGAUAGAACCAAAGACUGAAUUUUUUUUUUUCGCGUGUAAAAAAAUAACAAAAAACUAAAACAAAAGAAGGAGAAGGCGAAGAAGAAGGAGAAGCAGAAGAAAACCAGGAAAAACAAGAGGAAAAUCCCAGCAGCGCGCUAUAAAGCAAUUAUCAAAAAAUAAAUGGAAUGAAAUUGAAUGGAAUGGAAAAUGUAUUUCCAUUUAUAUUUCCAUUUGUUUUCGCUCUUGUUUUGUUCUUGUUUUGCUUUGUUUCUUCGCUUAAAUGGUUGUUCUAAAUUAUGUAUUUAUUGGCCCUAACCUCCCCUCCCGCCCCCCAGCCACCCCCCAGGGCAUACAUUUAAUUCUACUAUAAUUUAGGAUUUUUUUUUCAAUUAAUGAAGCAGCAGCGAGGGGCCGUAGGGAGCUCUAGGAAUAUAUAGAAAAGAAAUCACGUAACAAAUUGUAAAUACUAUUAAGUCCGCACACUAGUCAAAGCAGAAGAUAGAAGAUACAAGAUACAAGAUACCAGAUACAAGAUACAAGAUAAAAGAUAAACGAUAAAA